AUUACAGCACGCCACUUGGGCGAAACAUCUCACCGCCUCAGUUCCUGUCACCGCGCUCAUUUCACCGAGACUCCAUCCCUUCAGUGGACACGGUAGCGGAUCCUCGGAUCGCCUCUCUCGCCGGCGCUUCGAUCUGCCCGCCCUCGAGCCCGCCACCCUGGGAUGGCGGCGGAAAGCUGAGCCAUGGGCUGCGUCCAAGCCAAGGAGGCCUCCACUCCCCCCUCCCCGGCCUCCCUCAGCCGCCGCCGCAGCCGCAGCCGCGGUCGGGAGAAGGAGAAACCUGCCGCGACUGCCCCCCUUGCCUCCGGUCGCAAGUCGCAAGCCUCCCUCCCUAGGGUCGAGACCUCCAUCGAUGCGCCUGACGCUGUCGCCCGGCAGGAGGAGAAGGAGCAGGUAGAGCGGCCGGCUGGGGAGCGGCAGUCAAGGAGGCGUCGAUCGAGGCCGGACCCUAGGCUGAGCAACCCCUCGGGGCAUCUUCAUGGCGAGCAGGUCGCCGCCGGCUGGCCCCCCUGGCUUGCCCACGCCGCCGGGGAGGCCCUCCAGGGAUGGACGCCCCGCCGGGCUGAUUCCUUUGAAAAGAUCGACAAGAUUGGGCAAGGAACAUACAGUAAUGUUUACAAGGCUAGGGACACAUUGACGGGAAAAAUAGUGGCCUUGAAGAAGGUCCGGUUCGAUAUUAUGGAGCCGGAGAGCGUAAAAUUUAUGGCGAGAGAGAUCCUUAUAUUGAGGCAUUUGGAUCAUCCCAAUGUCGUGAAGCUGGAGGGCUUGGUCACUUCCAGGUUGUCUUGUAGUUUAUAUUUGGUCUUUGAGUACAUGGAGCAUGAUCUCGCUGGUCUUAUAUCCAGUCCGACCAUCAAGUUCACAGUACCUCAGGUGAAGUGCUAUAUGCAUCAGCUAUUGUCUGGAUUGGAGCAUUGUCACAACAAUGGUGUGCUGCACCGUGACAUUAAGGGCUCAAAUCUUCUACUCGACAAUGAGGGGUUACUCAAGAUUGCGGACUUUGGUUUGGCUACUUUCUUUGAUCCUAAUCGCAAGCAUCCUAUGACAAGCAGGGUAGUCACUCUUUGGUACCGCCCUCCUGAGCUGCUCCUUGGAGCCACUGAUUAUGCUGUUGGCGUAGACAUAUGGAGUGCUGGAUGUAUAUUAGCAGAAUUGCUGGCAGGAAAGCCUAUUAUGCCUGGGAGGACUGAGGUUGAACAGUUGCAUAAAAUUUUCAAACUAUGUGGCUCUCCUUCAGAAGACUAUUGGAAGAAGUCAAAACUACCACAUGCUACAAUAUUUAAACCCCAACAACCUUAUAAAUGCUGCAUUAGAGAAUCAUUUAAAGAUUUCCCUCAAUCAGCUUUGCUGUUGGUUGAAACUCUUCUUGCAAUAGAUCCAGCUGAACGUCAAACUGCUACGGCUGCUUUAAAUAGUGAGUUUUUUAAUACAGAACCGUAUGCUUGUGAUCCUUCGAGCCUUCCAAAAUAUCCUCCAAGCAAGGAGAUGGAUGCUAAAAUGAGAGAUGAAGAAGCCAGAAGGUUGAGGGCUGCUGGUGGAAAGGCCCAAGCCAAUGGAUCACAAAAGAUACGCACACGUGAUCGAGCUCCUAGAGCAGUUCCUGCUCCAGAAGCUAAUGCUGAACUCCAAGCAAAUAUUGAUAAAAUGCGUCUUCUUACUCAUGCAAAUGCAAAGAGCAAGAGCGAAAAAUUCCCUCCUCCGCACCAGGAUGGCGCUCUUGGAUAUCAAUUGGACCCUUCCCAUAAUGUGGAUGCUUCGUUUGAUAAUUCAGAUGCUUCAUUCAGCACAAUAUUUCCCUACCAAAAGGGACCAUCAACUGCAUGGUCAGGACCGUUAGGCGAUCCUGCUGCUGGAGGCCUACUAAAGAGAAAGAAGCACCUGGCUACGAGUGUGCACAACUCCGUUCAAUCAAAACAGUUUGAUACAGUUCAUUCUACCAGGGAUGAUCACAAAGAUAAGGGAAGGGUGCGAGUCCUAUAAAUUACUAGCCAAUUCAAAUUGCAUUUGCCUCACUAUAUCAGCAUUUGUUGAGGACUUGUGAGAAUCUACCACCAUAGUAGCCCUUUUUUGUUUUAUCAAUUUCUGUUAUGAAUAUAGAAUUUUCAUAGUUAGCCUGUUAUAGUGUUUGAGAAGAAGCAUCAUUACAGUAUAUCUAUGUUUUUUGCCCUGUCCCAAUUAUGCGAGAACUAGAUGCCAAGUUUGAUGGUUA